AGUUAUUGCGUCAAUAACGAAUUACCAAAUAGCAUGUUGAGCUGAGUUUGUCUUCUGCUGAUUCUCUUGCAUAGGCGCUGCUAGGGUGAAGUGGGUUUUGAGAUCUCAAUGGGUUACGUGCAAGAAGCCAGAGAAAACCAUGUCAAGAAGAAAGUAGAAGAAGCUUAUAUGAGGUUGUGUCUGGCAAUGCUGUCGCUAGCUGCAUUUAUGUUGCUGGCAGUAAAGAGGGGGAAAAAGGAAGAAGGCACUAACUAUAUCUGCAAAAUGAAGCAGAAGGCACUCAAAGAAUGUGAUUAUUACACUUCAAAGUAUGCUGAAUGUGCUUCAGGAAGAACAAUAUCAAUCAUUUGGCAGUGUCGUAAACAAGCAAAAGAAUUAAAUGAAUGCCUUCAUCAAUACACCAAUGACUCUGUACUGGAAGAAAUGAAGAAAGAAUACAUGCUUCAACAGGAAGGAAAGGGAUCUACAUAAGCUUGAGUGCGUUGUUUUUCUAACACCAAUUAAUUCGGGACCAAUUACAAGAAUUCUCCACCAGUGGCCCAGUGCAAAUGUUGAAAAAGUUGUGUACCAUGGAAUGAAGAGGACAAUGUCUAGAAAUAUUUCUGUUUUUUUUCCUUGAUGCUCCAUGUCCCAUCAAACAUCGCAUUCCAAUGUUCAUGUUCCUCAACUUUAAUCAUUGAAUUCA